AUGAGUGAUAAAAAUCCAAAACCACCAGAUUAUUCAUCUGACAGUGAUUUCACCAAGCAAUGGUCUUCGGAGCUCUCUGGGUACCUGAAUUUGGAUGAUGAUUGGCCAGAUGAUGACCCUGAUUCAUUUGUUUCAUGCCAUGUUCUCACCCAGGACAUUCAAGCCAAUGAAGGUGGAGGUAGCACCUCCCAUGAAGGGUCUUCUAGCAGAGAAGUUGGUAAUGAACAUGAGAAGAAGGAAGUGAGAGAUAGAGUUGCAUUCAUAACAAAGUCAGAGAUAGAAAUAAUGGAUGACGGGUUCAAGUGGAGGAAGUACGGGAAGAAGAAGGUGAAAAACAGCCCCAAUCCAAGGAACUACUACAAGUGUUCAGUAGACGGAUGUUCAGUUAAAAAGACAGUCGAAAGAGACAAGGAUGAUCCGAGGUAUGUAAUAACAACCUACGUAGGCAUCCACACUCACCCGAGUCACUCUUAA